GUAGCACCCAGCAAGCACCACCAAACUGCAGAGGAUUUUCUGCAUACAGGUUGCAGUGUUGUUAUUGCCUCUCGUAAAUUUGACCGAUUAAAAGCUGCUGCAGAAGAACUGAAUAAAACAUUUUCUUCCAUGAGUCCUGCUGAAGUGACUCCCAUACAGUGCAAUAUUCGCAAAGAAAAUGAGAUACUGUUUCAGGUAGAAGCUUUGGUGAAGUCUACACUGAGUCUACAUGGGAAGAUUGACUUCCUGGUGAAUAACGGAGGGGGCCAGUUCCCAAGUCCUUCUGAAGCCAUCAGUGCUAAAGGCUGGAAUGCUGUGAUCGACACAAAUCUGACAGGGACCUUCUACUGCUGCAAAUCAGUGUACAAUGCCUGGAUGCAGGAACAUGGAGGAGUCAUUGUCAACAUUACUGCUGCCGUGAGAAAUGGGUUUCCUGGAAUGUCGCAUACAGGAGCUGCAAGAGCUGCAGUCAGUAACCUGACCAAGACUUUAGCUUUAGAAUGGGCCCACAGUGGAGUAAGAAUCAACAGUGUUGCUCCUGGAUUAGUAUUUUCAGAAACUGCUGUUGCAAACUAUGGAGAACAAGGUGCAAUGAUGUGGUUAAAGAGCAUACCAAAGGUUCCUGCCAAGAGGUCAGCUGUUCCUGAGGAGAUCUCGUCUGCAGUGUGUUUCCUACUGUCUCCAGCUGCUUCUUACAUAACUGGGAUAACCAUGGUUGUGGAUGGUGGCCAGAGUUUAUAUAGCUCCAUCUUAGAAAUACCCGAUCAUGACAGAUGGCCCUCACCACCAGAAGGAAAAAAUUCUGAAAUGCUUAAAAAGCUGCUUUCUGGCAAGUUCAAGCCAAAGCUGUAAAAGAUUUCACCGUGUUCUCAGUUGCACACUUGCUGAUAAGCUUUCUUUGUGAUUUGGGCUUAUUAAUUUCAGUAAUGUAAUUUUUUUUGCUCAUACAUAACUACAUUGAGUGCCUUGAUUUUCAUUGGUUUAUGUUUAAAACUUGAAAGGCUGUACAUAGAAAUUUCUUUGAAAACACUCACUGCCCUGAAAACAUUUAGUCUUUUUGGAAGGGAAGGUAUAAAAUAUAAAUUCUCCAUUUGCACAGGCAUUAAGUAAUGAUGAAUCUCAGUCAGAAGUGUAUAAAAAAAAUUACUUAUUUUGACAUGAAGUGGGCAGAGGGAAUAUUUUGGAAUCCUUCUGUUCUGGAUGAAUGUUAUUGCAUCAGUAACCCUUGAGGUAGCUGUUAGCCCUAUGCUAUUUCUGUUCAGCCACACACCAGGUGUUCAGUGAUGAUUGUGAAGACUGUGUAGGUAUUUCUCUGAAAAGAAUUUAAAAUAAGUCAGAAUACUGUUAUUAAUGCUUCAUACUAAUGUAGCAUAUCAUUUUGGGAAUGUUUUGAAUUGUUUGCAGAUACAAUGACAUAAUGGAGUUGAGCUGUCUGCAACAAAUUUGAUAAUAGAAUCAUCAGAUAAUAAGCUUUUACAUACAGUGAUGGAACACAGUAUAGAUUCAACAAUUUAACAUGCAAAAGCUGUAUCUUACAGUGCUUUCUGCAGUAUGCUGUACUGUUGAAGGAGAAACUCUGAAUCCUUCAUUUACCAGUUAAAAUGCUUUCUAUCUAUACUGUGUUGUCUUCAAUGUUAGCAUAAUUUUGUUCAUCAGUAUCUCUAAAAUAGGUGUGAUUUUUGUGAUCAAUGCAGAGAUUCCAUUUAAAAACCAGAAAUCUUGCAAUUUGUCACUUGAAGAGGCUAUAUUUGUCGUUACUUUUAAAAUUCACUUUAAGGCAAGUGUUCCCAUGUCUCAAAACUUUUAUCAAAAUACAAAAAAUAAGUUACUGUGGUUGUUUUUAAAAAGUGAAAUUUGUGGAAUCAAGUUCCUGGUAUAGAAAUGACCUCUAAUACUUCAUUUUGGAUUGAAUGUAAGAGUAUCUGCCAGUUGUAUGUUCUCUGCAAGGUGUUUGAAUGCUGUGUCUUUCAUUAAAAUAUGGGAACUUACAUA